AUGGCCAUUGAACCCGCACCUGUCCAAAAUCGUGUAGUAGGAGGUAGAAAGGCAUGGGUGACAUUGAUCACUAAUCCGGGUUAUAUAGCUGGUCUACUAACCCUCCAUCGUACACUCAUUUCAGUCUCCUCCUACCCCUUGAUAGUAAUGACCACCUCAUCUCUCUCCCAAUCAUCCAGAGAAACAAUCACCUCGUCCGGAAUCGAGAUCAUCGAAGUCGAACAUCUUUCACCCUCAUCAGCUCAGCAUAGUGGCUUUGACCCAUCUUUCUCUCGAUUCAACGACGCAUGGACGAAGAUCCGUGUAUUUGGAUUAGAGCAAUUCGAAAGGAUUAUAUUGAUUGAUUCGGAUAUGAUAUUCUUAAGAGGGAUGGACGAAUUGUUCGAUUUGGAAUUACCAGGGGAUGAUUGGAUUGCAGCUAGUCCAGCUUGUGUUUGUAAUCCGUUUAAAUUGAAACAUUAUCCGGAGGAUUGGAUCCCAUCCAACUGCUCCCUAUCCCUCCAAAACCCCCACACAACCCUAUCUUCCCCACCCAUCCCAUCGCCCGAUUCCAAACGUACAUCCCACCUACUCAACUCUGGUCUAGUAAUAUUCAAACCUUCCCUUUCCCUUCUCGACGAACUCGUCCACCACCUCAAUACAUCACCUACGAUUGCCCAAUCCAAAUUCGCCGAUCAGGACGUAAUCACCGAAGUGUUCAAGGGGAGGUGGAAGCCUCUACCUUGGUGGUGUAAUGCGUUGAAAACUCAGAGGGCGGUUCAUGGGAGUAUGUGGAGGGAUGAAGAAGUCAGGUUGAUACAUUAUAUUCUCGACAAACCAUGGAACCAUCGACCUUCCAGUCUCCCACCCCACCCCACCCUCCCUUCUACGCCCAUAACGCCAUCCAACUUCUCUCAACAACAAACCCAAAAUACCGAGAAAAGACGACCACUACCUCCCGGUUUACUAGACGCAGUUCGAAGUACACCUCCGCAAGAGAGUCUGACGAAUUACGAUGCGGUCCAUGCGUGGUGGUGGAUAGUCUACGAAGAUCUGCUGGAAGAAUGGAAAGCGGAGAGUAAAGUGGGUUGGAAAGAAGUCGAUCAGUACGUCACGAGGUGA